GUUUGUAGCGACUGGCUGCUCGGCGCAGGCAUCGCGCAAUCAGUUCGUGUCCGGAUUGCUGUCUGUAUGAGCGGGGCGCGCGCGUGUGUGCAUCGUCGUCGCCUAUCCGCAGCUCACACAGGGCGCGUUAUCCAACUUGAACGCAAAAUCUUCGGGUGAAAAACAAUUGCGGGUGCAAACACAGUGCGUGAACAAGUGUGUUCGGUGACGGAACGAGUGUGGCAUGUGAAAAAUAUUUCGAGCGAGAACAGCACGCACACCAUUAUGGAGUAGCCGAGCGCGCAUACGGGAGAGAGCCGUGAGCCGUCGACUGCGUUUGCUUGUGUGGUGUGUGUCUCUGCGCGCGCGAGUCAUCGCAAGGGACCUUUUCUUGCUCGCGCCCAAAAAGGCGCAUCGUUUCGCCUGCGUGUGCAUUGUGGAUAUAAUAUACAAAUAAACAUGAGCAGACACAUACCAGCUGAUAAGAUCAACUUGAGACUCAUUCUGGUCAGUGGCAAGACGAAGGAGUUCUUGUUCAGUCCCAGCGAGUCGGCGGGGGACAUUGCGCAACAUGUUUUCGAAAAUUGGCCCGAAGAUUGGCGUCAGGAAGCUGUGGCGAAAGCAGAGAUCCUACGGCUCAUUUACCAGGGUCGCUUCCUUCACAGCAACGUCACGUUAGGCGCAUUGGGCUUACCGUACGGCAAAACGACAGUCAUGCAUUUGGUUCCUAGAGAAAAUUUACCUGAGCCUAAUUCACAAGAUCAACGACAAAAAAGUAAAGGCGGUAAUAGUAGUUGUUGCUCUGCCUCGUGUACUAUACUUUAAGAAGAUUGGGACGUCGACGGAACGGCCAAGGAAACAACUGUCAAGAGUCACAUAAUUGCUCCUAGCUUAUUGAAUAUUAAACAGCCGAUUCAAAAUCAUCAAAGCAACAAUAACUUAAAAAAGGAAACAAUUAAUAAUAAUCGUAUAUAAAUGAAAGAAACAAAACAAAUGGGUGACUGCACUGAAAUUUGACGAAUUAACGUUUAGGAGGAAGACUUUGUGUAUUUAAAACUCGUAAUAUUAAAUCAAGCAAAAAGCAAGAAAUACAAAAAUACCUAAAAAACAAAUAUUAAGGAGUUGGAAACGUCGCGCGAAUAUUGUAUGCCAAUUGUUCGGUGUGUAUACAUGUCUGUGUAAAAGAAAACAAAAGAAAAAAGAUAGCAGUGCAGGCGUAUUGCAUACUAACUUCAAUCUAAAGAGAACCGAGUACGAUGAAGACAAGCGAAACCGAAUACUGAAAAGUUUCCAUAAUGUUGUGAUAUCAUUUAGUGUAUAAUAAUAUCUUAUAUAAGUAUAUAUACUCAUGUGCCAGACUAGAGUGUGUUUUCAGUACUACAUUUCAACACGGAGAGAGUACGAUGCAUAACAUAUUUUUGAUUUCAUCAGUAUCAGUGAAAACAUUUAUUGUCAAAUGUCGAUACCAAAAAUUACAAUAAUUCAUCGUAGAGCUAGCGCAUCAUGCCAACCACGGAGCUGGAUCAUCUUUAUGAGGAGGAAUGUUGUUCUAAUCAUCAUAUCCAUUCUGUUGUCGGCGACAUCAUCAUCUCAUCGCUUUGGAUCAUCGACUUCACGGUCAACCAUUAACGCUAACGUCGAAAGCGAGAACUAUAUUCUAGUAUCGAAUAAAUGUAGUACGAUUUGUAAUUUCUUUAAUUAUUUGUUUUAUACUGAAAAUUUUAACGUGUAAUUUUUAAUUGGUUAUUUUUAAAUUUGCUGACUUGCGAAAUUCUUAGCUAUAACAACCAUCUGAGCAAAGUAAUCUGAUGUGCGCUGGAUGCUUUGCUGGGAAGCGUUGUUGCUGGUACAGUCAUUUAGUUUGAUACUCGUUCAGUUGAUUUUCUUCAGUAUUAUUCAUCAUAUCGAACGACAAAAAAACUGCAACACAAACAUUGAACACACAUACGGCGCCCGCAAUACUUUCUAACCUUAAGUCUUCUGUCCAUUAUAUAAAAGAAAAUGAAACUUAACGCGUAUUAAAUGAAGAAGAAGAAAACAAUUUAAAGACUCAUAUUAUCUCUUGGACAGCGGUAGGAUAUAUUUAUAAAUAUUACGUGUUUAUACAUGCAUAUAAUUAGAGCAUUACAUAAACGAGUUGUUCAUUAACAACGCGUGAACACAAAAUUAAAACAUUUUUGAGUAGAAUAUUUCGAAAGCGUUACCUGUGCGUGACCAGGAUCUUUAUAUGCAAUUUUGCGGAUGUUUCGUUGCGUUGUAGUAAUUAAUUUUUAUCAAUUUAAUUAAUUGUACAGAAUAACCUUGCAUAUCUCCUUCCUUGCACAAAAACAAACUACACACCGAGAACAGCAGUAAACUCGAAUUGAUUCGAGCUGAAUUCGUGUUUCAGUAAUUGCGUUGCAAAAGAUACAUUACACACUGAUCAAAGGUGAAAAUGAACACAUCCGCACAUCAGCAUUAAACAACCUUUAAGUUAAUUUACGAUCAUUUCGAGUUAUACAAUGCCUGCGGAUGUGUUUAUGACUGCUUUUGAUUGCAAAGACAGUGUUUGAUUUGUUUGAUAUAUACUUGAUAAAUAUUGUGUGGUCCAUUUUGCAAAAAAAGCUAAAUCAAAAAAACCAUCGUCAUUAUCAUGUACAUUAUACUCUUGAAAUCGAUUAGCGAAACUUAAUGCAAAGUUAUCUAUGUUAUUACUAUUACCGAUAAUAUGAAAUAUUUAUUAAUUAAGUAUUAAAUUACAAAGUAUAAUGUAUAUUAGAAUUUGGACCAUGCAGCAAAUGAAAGAACAUGAAAAUAAAUACAUGAGGAAACGCAAAACAACGAUUAACAUACCAAGAAAUACAUAAAAAGAAAACGCAUUUUGCAUCUUACAUUAUACACACAUCGUCGCAUACAUUCACGUUUUAUUUAUAUCUAUUAUUUGAUCAUGACCAUCGGCGAGUUGCGAGUUUCUACAUUAUAGGCACUAAACCAGAAACACCACAAAAUUGAAUCGAUGCGUGCAGAAAUCGUCCUUCUGUUGUAUUCGAGUUGAGGGUGGACGAAAUGUGGAAGUUUUCGCCAUUUCAUCAUGCGGUGUAACGCAAUAUCUGGUUGAAUGUAUUUGUUUCAUUUGAGAUUAUUCGAACUAACAACAAAAUUAUAUUGUAGAGUGAGAAAUCAUCACACACGCAGUAAAAGAGGUAUAAAAUAUAUAUUUAAUUAUUAAUUAAUGAGAUAUAUUACAAUCUAUGGCAAAAUGAAUUGUGUUCAAUUUCAUUUUGUUGUAAGUAUAAAUCUUGUUAAGACUUAUGUUCAAGAAUCUGAUGUCUAAAUAAUAGCGUUUUAUUGUAAAUAUAUAGUAGUAUUGUAAGAAAA